AUGCGGGACUUCUCGCGCGGCUUCCUCAGCUACUGUGACGACGCGCUCAACGGCGCGCCCACACGCGCGGGCAAGAACGCCAGCCACGGAAGAGACGGCGGCUACCGCAGUGACCUACGCCGCUAUGGCCCAGAAGGGGAUGGCGCAGUCAGGGGGCGGCCCCUGCCGGCCCGCCCCGACCCACAACCUCGGAUGGCCCCACACGUCCAGCCGCCUAAGCGCGUCUUCGGCGACUGGGCGGCCUGCCUCGGAACCGAAGCGGUUGAAGGCUUCCAGAAUUGGCACACUUAUACGGUGGCCGACUGCCCCAGGCAGCUCACGGAUAUCUGGGGGUCUGCAGUAGACUAUGGCCAAGCUAUCAGAGAAGAGAUCAAGCUGCAGACAGGCGUGGAACCAGUAGACGUUCACGAAAGCCAAGAGACACGCCGAGGGCUCAGGCCGGCCUACCGUGACGAUGAUUGUGUCAUUCAAGGCGGCUAUACAGAAGAGAUGGCGACUCUUCGGCACCGGCCGAUUAGCGCGACCGAUCACCAAGAACCCCCGACCUACCCAAUAAACCGGCGUGCCGACGCUGCGGCGGAAAAGACCACCACGGUGACGACUGUGAUCGUCCGAGAGGUGCGCGAACUGCUUCGGGCCCUUCCAGGAAGACCACAAGCAAUCGAAAAGCACGCAGUAAGGAAGAUGGGCUCCCGGCUAUAUCGGCAAACCAACAUGGAACUCGAACGGCUGGCGCCAACCACCUCUCCCCAGUCAUCCCAAGGACCGACCCCUUCACCCUGCGCAAGAGCCGUCGAGGCCCGCCAGAUGCAGCGGCCGCCUCCCUCCAGCGCGCAAGCGCCCGACCCCACGGCGCUUCUUCCACCUCAGGACGAGAUAACAAAGAACCCGCGACAGGAGGACUAUCCGAGUUCUCCAGGCCAACGUGGCAAAGCAGAGCCUUAUCAUAGCAUGGCCUUACGACUAGCAGAAGCAGAAGAUUACGACAUCGUGCUUAUCCAGAAACCGAACUUCUGGAUAGAAAAGAGAGCGGGACAUACCUUCCACGCCUUUGCGCCAGAACGAGCAUGGGAUCCAGACCAGGCCCCGAGGGUGAUGUCGUACGCCCGUAACGAUGCGAAUAUCCGAGUAGAGCAGAUCUGCUCCAUACCCACGCGCGAUAUACUCUGGCUUCGGGUCAACGGCAUCCUCAUCAUCAAUUUCUACCGAUACGAGGGGACCCCCGAGCCACUUGACUACCUCCUUCCCUGGCAAAUGCCUUGUCGCGGGUGA